AUGGGCGCGGGUGUGACCACUGCGGCGCUGUAUGAAUCCGUCGCAGGUCGCAAGUGGAAGCUGCGCUGUUCCGAGUGCGGCAAUCCGAUGGGCUCAUGGAACUCGGCCAAGCAGCAAUGGUCUAUCUGGCCCAGCACACUCGCUCGCGCCAACGGCGACGAAAGCAGUCUCCAGGGCACAGAGACGUUCCCUGCUACGGCGCACAUGUUCUAUGGCCCAUGGAAGAUCGCUGAUGUUGCCGAUGGGUUGCCCAAGUACCUCGGCUAUCCGAACGAGUCCCAGCAAGUCGAUCGCUCCGCCAACCCGCUGCCUGUCAACUUGAGCAACGAUUUCAACCCGCACGAUCCACGCGAUAUGGUCGGGUACGGUGCCAACCCGCCCCACCCGCACUGGCCGGGUAACGCGCGCAUUGCCAUCUCCUUCGUCCUCAACUACGAAGAGGGUGGUGAGAACCUCACGCUCAACGGCGACGCGGGCGCCGAACAGUACCUCACGGAAUACGGCGCUGCCAACGGGUCCAAGCCUCCUACGGGCGUGCGCAAUUUAAGUGUCGAGUCGGCGUACGAGUUUGGAUCGCAUCGCGGGUUCUGGCGCGUGCUCGACCUGUUCAAGCGCAACGGACUGCGGUUUACGAGUUGGGCAGUGGGUCGGGCGGUGGAGCAGAACCCAGCGGCGGUGCGGGCGAUGGAAGACGCAGGGUGCGAAGUGGCCAGUCACUCAUACAGGUGGUUCGACCACUCGUUGAUGGGUCAGGAGGAGGAGCGGGAGCACAUCCAGAGCGCGGUGCGGGCGAUCAAGGAGGCGAGCGGGAAGAGCAGGGAGCCCCGCGGGUGGUACACGGGACGACAGUCGAUCAACACCAGAAGACUGGUGUAUCAGGUGUACAAGGAGAUGGGGCUGGAACACGAGCUCUACGACAGCGAUGCGUACGACGAGGAUCUGCCGUAUUGGGUCCCUGCUCCUGAUGGGACGAAGGGUGAACACCUGCUCGUGGUGCCCUACACGCUGGAUAACAACGACAUGCGAUUCGCCAUCACGCCAGGCUUCUUCAACUCGGAGUCGUUCGCAACGUAUCUCAUCGAUGCGUUCGAGACGUUGGUGGCCGAGACGUUUUUGCCCGAGAGCAACCCUAUGUCGGUGCCCAAGAUGAUGAGUGUUGGCUUGCAUUGUCGGGUGGUGGGUAGGCCAGGGAGGUUUCAGGGUCUGCAACGGUUUGUGGAGCAUGUCAAGCGGAGGGAUGCCGAGCUCAGGGAGGGUGGCGGUGGGGGAGUGUGGGUCGCGACCAGAGAGGAGAUUGCCAAUCACUGGAGAAAGACUCAUCCGCCUCCCAAGAGCGGUUAA